AAAGGGUCCCUCGGUAUCGCCACACUUCGCAUCAUUACCGCCGUAACGUGCGAGCCACUCAAUCACCGCUCGUCAUCUGAGACUAUAGUUCAAGAAUUCGAACGCGAGAAUAUGAGCGCCAUGUACGCUAAACGCUGCGCCGCCCUCGUUCUUCUCGUCGUGACAGUCGGCCUCGUAAACGCUACCGAGAAUUACAUGGAUUACGGAGAAGAGAUGGCGGAGAAAACGCCUGCGGACAACAUCCACGAGUUCUACAGGCUUCUGCUGCAACGCAAUGCGCUGGAUAACGCUGGCUUUGGCGGCAUCCCGUUGGAGCACCUGAUGAUCCGCAAGUCGCAGCGAUCUCCAUCGCUGCGUCUUCGAUUCGGUCGUUCCGGACCGCACGUCUCCGCGAGGGACCUGGUGAGACCCGUGGGCGCGGCGGCGGGAUACAACGACAACAAUUAAUCGGCGGAGCUGAUCCAGGGACACCUUUUCAAUUCGUUCUUGAUGAAAACGCGACUACCCUCUCUUGUAUAAAUUAUGUAUAACUCGUGUCUCGUGUGUGCUUGCGUGCGUGCGUGCGUGUGUAUGUGUGCGUAUAUAUACUUUGUUCGCUGACCGGGCUUCCCUCUCUCGCGUCUCUUAUGCUCCUUAAAAGGAGCAAAGCAUACGACGAAAGCUAAUUUGCGCGCAAUCACGAUUGUGCACAAUCCGAAAGAUUAAUUAAAUGUGAAGAAAAAUUGUGUCUUUUGUAUAUGUUAUUUGCGCGUUUUAUUUCCGUGCGUGUUUUAAUUAAAUUUAAAAUAGCGGACGCGUUUUCUCGGAACUGACGUAAUUGUCUCUGUUUCGCCUUGUGCGAGAUUUUACGAGGCGGUUGCUUUAUCUCAAGGGACAUGUUUAAAGACACUGUAUAUUUGUUUCGUAUAAUUGCGGGCAUUCCGAAUAAUACCGAUUCUCAACGUCGGCAUUUUACCUCGUCGUUUUCGUUAAUUAAUGGCAGCGCUGUAAAAGGACACUUGGCCUAAGUUCUUCAUUCGAUGUGGGGAUAACAAUCUGAAUUGCUUCGAAUCGUUUACGAAAGAAAUUGCUUUUUCGUUUAAUUACGCGCACAUCGGCACAGAGACGUAGAAAUAAUUUGCGCCCUGCGCGUUGACAUAUACAUGUCCCAGACAUUCCAAGCGAUUUACCGACGAUGUACUGAAUAAAUUUGAUGUUGAUUUGUUUCAAAAUUAAAAUUAAAAUGCGAUUUUUAAAUAUUAAACAGAGAAGAAAGAUUUAAACGUUAAAUAUUUAAUUUAUAAAUAUUUAAACGUCAUCUUUUUCAUUAUCAACAUCUUAUAUUUUGAUUAGCACAUUUUCUCAAGUUAAAUUUGUAUUAAAACACUUGAGACAUAGCAUUUUAUUGCCCAUUUAGGGUGAGAUCCAUCAAGAGCUUUUAUUGGUCCAUAAUGUAUCAUUUCGUAUCGAUCUUCGCUGAAUAUUCUUCAAAGAAAGAUGAGAAUUUUUUUUUAUUCGGGUGUAAAAUCUGGACCCUAAAGCGUCAUUCAGUAGUUCUGGGACAUUAAAAUUUUCAACAGCUGGCCUGUUGGUCUACCGAUCGAUUAAUAGGCGUAGUCUUUCGAUAAAUGUGCCAAAUAAUAUGAUCAUUAUAUCAUGAUGAAAAAUGAUAUCUGCCCUGUCUAUAAAACGUAUACACAGAGCGAACUAUAAAAUUGUUACAAUUUAAAAAUCACACGCGUAUUAUGGAAGCCGAUCGCAAAAUCAUUGAUGAUGCAUGUAGAUUGGGAGAUUGGCGAUUAAAAUAUAUAUGUGUAAAAAGAAUAAAAAAAAGAAAAAAGAAAAAAAUACGAACUAGUUAUUCGCCGCAAAUAGAGGGUCGCGUCUCAAAUGUGUGAAUAUGUCAAUUUGCAAAAUUAAAAAUAAA